AAAUUGACGAUCGGUUGCAGUUGUAUGUUGAUCUUCUUAUAUUGACGGGCAUUUUAAACAUUCUGGACUUUCAAAAUGUACCUGUUAUGACGUCAAUACGUUGACCUACCUAGUGACGUAUGGUACAUGUAUCAGAUGAUUGAGAAAUACCCGUGUGAUAAUUUAAAUAUAAAUAUAUAUGUGUAUACAUUGUAGAUAUAAAAGAUUAAGCUAAGCGUGACAGUAUUAUUUAAAGUCCGUGGGAUAAUAGUUUGAAAGCAGAAACAUGGAAUCCAACAAAGUGCACGAAGCCCCCGGAAGUGACAAUGAUAUAGGAUGCUGUGGUUGUAUAUUGAUAGGAUUAUCAUAUCUUCUUGUCGGAUUGUUUUUCCCGUUUUCUUUGUGUAUGACUAUCAAGAUCGUGACGGAGUAUGAAAGAGCAGUAAUAUUUCGACUUGGACGGGUACUUCCUGGAGGAGCUAAAGGCCCGGGAAUGUUUUUCAUUCUACCUUGCCUUGAUGAUUUCAAGAAAGUUGACCUCCGUACAGUUUCAUAUGAUGUACCCCCUCAAGAGAUUUUGACCAAGGACUCGGUAACAGUAGCAGUGGAUGCUGUAAUCUACAGUCGGAUAUUUGACCCGACGAUGUCGGUCUGUAAUGUUGAGAAUGCAGAUCACUCGACACGACUUCUUGCAGCAACUACACUCAGAAACGUGCUUGGGACAAAGAAUAUGUCAGAACUUCUCAGCGAAAGGGAUGUUAUCGCCAGUUCAAUGCAGCAAAUUCUAGACGAAUCAACAGACCCAUGGGGUAUCAAAGUUGAAAGAGUAGAAAUUAAGGAUGUAAGAUUACCUGUGCAGCUACAGAGAGCAAUGGCUGCCGAAGCUGAGGCUUCUAGAGAAGCACGUGCUAAGGUUGUAGCAGCUGAGGGAGAACAGCAUGCCUCACGUGCGCUGAAGGAAGCAGCCGACAUCAUGGCCCAAUCACCAGCCGCCAUUCAGCUCCGUUAUUUGCAGACAUUGAACAGCAUUGCAGCAGAGAGGAAUUCCACCAUUAUAUUCCCUCUUCCAAUGGAUCUAUUACAAGGAUUUUUGAAGAAGUGAAUUAAUUCUUGAAGGUGUGUGUUUGUGCAUGAAGCUGCUUUGGCAUACAAAGCAUUUUUAUCCACCGAAAAUUACUUAAUAUUUCUACUUUAGUGCAGACUAAAACUGCUUCCUUGUUCAGACUGUUCCAAAUAACUUUAAAAAAAACACCAUUGAAUGAUUGAACGUGAUGCAAAGUAAAAUUGUUAAUCUGAUGAUCAUUGAUGUAGGUGGCGCAUUUAUCACUCAAGUGUGCAAUAUUCACAUAACGUUGACAACAUGUGCCUUAAGGACGAAGUUUGUUUGACUGUGUUAUUUAUUUAUGUACACAUUGAUUCAAAAGUAGGGUAUACUCAAAUGUAUUUUGUAAAUAUGAUUGUAUAUUAUUUAUUUUACAUUGAAAUAAGUAAAGGUUACUCACACAAA